AUGACGGUCACAGAGUUAGCAUGGUUUACAGCUGCCCACGGGCCCGCCGGAGACGACGCCAAGAAGGCCAUGAACCAAGCCCUAGUCGUCCUGGAUGACUGGUGCGCCCGCAACACCUCGACCUUACCUAAGGACAGAGAAGCCCGUGGUGUAGGUCUCUUCCGGCAAAUCGAAGAUCCAUCUGUCACCCUCCUCACGGCGCACUGGGAAUCCGUCUCUCAGCAUGGGCUUUGGCUAGCUUCCACCGAGAACAAGACCGUCUAUCCUGCUCUCAAGGAGCACUUCACGCUAGAGAAGACGGUUGUUUCUCAUCUCGAAAACGCCGAGUUCUUCGACGCAUCGGGACCGAACGGCGAUAUCUCCUUGUUGAAGAGUCCUAUCGUUAGCUUAAGUGCUGUGACCGUCCCGGCUGAGAAACGUAAGGCGUUUGAGCAGGCUUGGACUGAGAAUAAGCACCUAUUGGAGGGAUAUACACCACUAAUUAAGUCCGGGUGGCGCAUCGAAAAGGAAGACGAGAACUUAGAGCAGUUUAUCCUGUCAUGUUCGUGGCCAAGUGUCGAGAAGCAUAUUGAAUUCGCAGGAGGAAAAGACUUCCCUCAGUUCUCAGCAGCACUCUUGUCCCUUGCGCAGGGUACUGACUUGAAGCAUUACGAAAGAAUCCUGUAG